UGCACAUAACGGGCAGCGCGCACUCCCGGGCGGCUUCUCCAGAGCGCCGGCUGGGUCCAACGCGCACGGGGAGCCCGGAGCACCCCGCAAGCUGAGUGCAGGACGCAUCCCCAGCACAGCCACCCCCCGGCCGCUGAAUGAGGCUUUCCGGCGUCCGCUCGCUGCCCGCAGCGCCGCGCCGGAGGUCCGCCCGCUGAGGCGCGGCCGGUGUGCCGGCACCCUGUGCGCUCACCUGCCAGCCUGUGCGCCAUGGGGCAGCCCGGGAACCGCAGCGUCUUCUUGCUGGCGCCCAACGGCAGCCACGCGCCGGACCAAGAUGGCACGGAGGAACGUAACGAGGCGUGGGUGGUGGGCAUGGGCAUCGUCAUGUCGCUCAUCGUCCUGGCCAUCGUGUUUGGAAACGUGCUGGUCAUCACAGCCAUCGCCAAGUUCGAGCGUCUGCAGACGGUCACCAACUACUUCAUCACCUCCCUGGCCUGUGCUGACCUGGUCAUGGGCCUGGCGGUGGUGCCCUUUGGGGCCAGCCACAUCCUCAUGAAAAUGUGGACCUUUGGCAACUUCUGGUGUGAGUUUUGGACUUCCAUUGACGUGCUGUGCGUCACGGCCAGCAUCGAGACCCUGUGCGUGAUCGCAGUGGAUCGCUACUUUGCUAUCACAUCACCCUUCAAGUACCAGAGCCUGCUGACCAAGAAUAAGGCCCGGGUGGUCAUCUUGAUGGUGUGGAUCGUGUCGGGCCUUACCUCCUUCUUGCCCAUCCAGAUGCACUGGUACCGGGCCACCCACCAGGAAGCCAUCAACUGCUAUGCCAAGGAGACAUGCUGUGACUUCUUCACGAACCAAGCUUAUGCCAUUGCCUCCUCCAUCGUGUCCUUCUACUUACCCCUGGUGGUCAUGGUCUUCGUCUACUCCAGGGUCUUCCAGGUGGCCCAAAGGCAGCUCCAGAAGAUCGACAGAUCUGAGGGCCGCUUCCAUGCCCAAAACCUCAGCCAAGUGGAGCAGGAUGGGCGGAGUGGGCACGGACACCGCAGGGCCUCCAAGUUCUGCCUGAAGGAACACAAAGCCCUCAAAACUCUGGGCAUCAUCAUGGGCACUUUCACCCUGUGCUGGCUGCCGUUCUUCAUUGUCAACAUAGUGCACGUGAUCCAGGAUAACCUCAUCCCCAAGGAAGUUUACAUCCUCCUAAACUGGGUGGGCUAUGUCAACUCUGCUUUCAAUCCCCUUAUCUACUGCCGGAGCCCGGACUUCAGGAUUGCCUUCCAGGAGCUUCUGUGCCUGCGUAGGUCUUCACUGAAGGCCUAUGGGAACGGCUACUCCAACAACAGUAACAGCAGGACCGACUAUGCUGGGGAGCACAGUGGAUGUCACCUGGGGCAGGAGAAAGACAGCGAACUGCUGUGUGAGGACCCCCCAGGCACGGAAGGCCUUGCGAACCGUGAAGGUACUGUGCGUAACGAUAGCAUUGAUUCACAAGGGAGGAAUUGUAGUACAAACGACUCACUGCUCUAAGGCAGUUUUUCUACUUUUUAUGAAACCCCCUCCCCCAGCACAACACUACACAGACUAUUUAACUUGAGUGUAAUACAUUUAGAAUAAAAUUGUAUAGAGAUGUGCAGAAGGGCAGCCUUCUGCCUUUUUUUUUAUUUUUUUAAGCUGUAAAAAAAGAGAAAGCAUAUUCGAGUGAUUGUUUCUUGUACAGUUGAGUUCCUUUUUUUGCAUGGAACGUGUCUGUUUGUAUCUGAAGGGCUUCAGUCCCAGAGGACCUGGGGCUGCUCUGUUUUGAUGACUUUUCCGUGGAUCUACCUCAUUGGUCAAGUAUUAGGGGUAAUAUAUAUACAUAUAUAUUGCUGCUGGUAAUUUGUAUGUGAAGGAGUCUUUUCCUUCCCGUACCCUUGCACUGGAAGAUCUUGAGUAUCUCGGACCUUUCAGCUGUGAACACGGACUCUCCCCGCUCCUCUUAUUUGCUCAAACAGGGUGUUGUAGGCAGGGACUUGAGGGGCAGUUUCAUUUGUGUUCCUGAGCAAAGUCUAAAGUUUACAGUAAAUAAAUUGUUUGACCAUGACUUCAUUGCACCUGUUUCUCCCAAAACCCCUUGAGUGGAGUGUGGUCACCUCCCCCGCUGGAAACCGCAGGUAACUAUUUGUAAUAACUGCCCAGGGACUUAAUACAGAAUGAUACAGGAGUGGCGUGCACUGAUUGCUUAACCCUUUCCUUUGCCUUUGAAUCUGCUGCUGCAAACCUGUAUCUCUCUUAAUGCCAGUGCCUCGGGGCAGUUCCGCCCGCCGUCAGCAUAGCUUGUCUCGCUGGUCCCAUGGCGAGGAUUCCUUGUUAGAGCUGAAACACUGACUCACAGAAACGGAGUUACCGGCCUCUGUUUUGUCCCUCCGUGCGCCCACGCCACCACCCACCUGCAAGUCCUACUUGUUCACUAGCUGCUCAUGUUAUGAUACAUUGGCUGCCUCUUAUAGUGGAAAUCUUUGUACUGCGUCAGAGUUUGGCAUUUUAAAGAGAAGGAAGACGCUCUUAUAAGCAAGGUCCUCAAACAAAGCCCUUUACCUCCAAGGAAACCUGGAAAGGGCACUGGUCAUAGGGACAGAGCUGGAAAACACCCACCCGAUGAAUACCUCAUGACCUCGGAGUGGGCCCCUCCUCCUUCUUUCCUUCUGUCUCCCCCCCUCCCCCACCCCUGUUCUUCUGACCCUCCUCACUUGGGUAUAGAGCCCGAC